CAAGCGUUAAGCUUAAUUGCACAUCUGCUAUGGAAAACCAAGAAUUUAAAUCGGCGAAGAGAAGAAUCGAUCAUAAUUUCUAUAAAAUUUUAUUUUUAAUAUUGAGAAUCACUCAAUUAAUAUUUGUAAUUUGUGAAAUCGCUACGAUCGAAGCAUCGAAAACGUGCGGCAAAUUCUUCACACAAUCUUUUAUAUCUACCUGCAUAACCGCUGCAGUGCUUAUAGUAACAUUAUUGUUAAGUUUGUUCUGCAAAAUACAGAAUUGUCUCUCACAAUAUUUGAUAACGAUGUUUGUGAUCGAUGUGAUAUUCACUUUUAUAUUUGCACACUCCAGCCUCUUCGUAACUUUUAGUAUUAGAAAUUGUGAAAAAUUCAGAUUUGAGAAAAUUUCUGCGUCCUUUCGACAAGCUGUGAAGAAUUUUGAUAGAGUCCGUAAAGAAUUUAGUUUCAAGAAAGUCGACAACAUGGCCACUUGCAGUCGAGUUUUGGAACGCACCCAAUGAGAAAAUAGUGUAAGAGUGACGUAAAAUGUAUACUAUCCUUAAGA